AUGCGCAAGGAGUGGCGAACAAUAGCGAACGGCACGGGUAACCCUAACCUCGCACCGUCGGGGAAUGCCGUUGCCCCUACACCGACGCGCCUGUGGUUCGCCUUGACGUUCAACUGCAACCACCAUCUACUCCUCGCUUAUCUUGUACAUCCCGCCCACCAUCUCAUUAUGCUCACUCGUAAAGCGUCAGCACAGACGCUCCCUCCCGAUAUCCUUCGGGAGAUACUCGACCAUGCCGCAGCUGCCGAACCAGCUGGUUUUGACUGCGAUUCGAUGAGGUAUAAGUUGGGGUGGAUCGCGACUACCCACGUCUGUCGACACUGGAGAUACGUUGGACUAGGUGCCGCGCCUCUGUGGGCUGAAGCGGUAUGCGCGUUUCCCGACGACGUCGUUGCAGAGAGGCUCGUUGAGCGCACUCGUGCUUGCCCCUUGAAUCUAAACGUUUUCCACGACGCCAAUGACGCGAAGCAACGCAGAAAUAGGAGGGGACCCAGGCUUGGCUGGUCUUUGAAAUACAUACACCGCGCCCGCUAUCUCAGAUGCACUAUACCGCCGUCGGCCCUCCUUCACGGCCACCCCGAAGUCAAGGCCCUUUUCGCCACCUCUCUGUCCAUCCUGAAGAAUACGGUCAUCAAAGUGGAUGGCUAUACUCGUGACGUGCCGCUGCUUACUGUAGCGCUCGAGGCACCUGUCUUGGAGUUUGCGGACUUCACAGGCUUCCUUCCAUCCCCGAAAUCCCUUUUGCCCGAAUUGCGCUAUCUGUGGUUGCGUUUACUCGGCUCAACCACAGCGGAUGGGCCCAUGGAUCAGUUGUUAGAUCUCCUCCGGACACUACCCCGUUUAAAAUAUCUCGAAUUGCAACUUCCAGCACGCAAUGCCAAGCCAGCCGUCAAUCGGAAGGCCGUGCACCUCGAACAUCUGGACUACGUCAAGGUGCGAUGCGGCAGCAUACACUCGCUCGACCUCGUAGAGCUCAUUUCAGCGCCAACGCUGGAGAGUCUGGAGAUCGAGACGUCGGGGGGAUUGUCCGGAGAGUUCCUCGAACGAGUUAUCGCGCUGCAACAACACCGAUUCCACCUGAUGAAUCAAGUUCUAUCGAUCUCGGAAACGCACCUAUUCCUCUCCGACACUACGUCUGGCUGGCAGAGACUCUGCAUUGAGUUCCCGAAAUCGUAUGGCGGGAUGAGCUUCGUGGAGCUUGUGUCGACGCUACAUCGCUACUUCGACAUUUCAAGCUAUCGCCAUUGCGCACUUGUAGUGCCGCGGCCUCUUAAUUCCUGGGAGAAACCACUGUACGAAGGACUUCACACAGCGAUCGCCGCUUUGGGACGGGCUAUGACCGGCGUUACCACGCUCAAUCUUCACGGAAUGGUUCAGCCAGACGUCCUGAGCCUGCUCCAGCCGACGGACGAGAACCCCGGCCCGAUGCUGUUUCCAGCAUUGUACACGUUGAGCUUGGGUGCAGUGGACCCCAACCCCUAUUCAAUAUACCGCCCUUACCUGGUCGCGAGAGCCGAGGAGAUGUCGCAGUGGUGUGACAUCCUGAGGGACGUACUAGCUGGGCGUCUUCGGAAGGGGUCUGGCAUAAGUUGCCUAAUGCUCGAGGGUAACAACUGUACCCGGGAGGAGUGCACGCGGAUAUGGACUGAGCGAGCGCAAGCGUAUUUGGGCGAGGGUUUGGUGAGUGAGGUGGAUGAUCAGCGGGAGUUCAUCUCCAGCUGUUACGUGUGUAGUGGGAGGGACUGA